UCUUCCUGUGCGGCAGGGUGAAGCAACUUACGGACGAGGAAGAGUGCUGCAUCUGCAUGGACGGCCGCGCUGAUCUCAUCCUGCCCUGCACUCACACCUUCUGCCAGAAAUGUAUUGACAAAUGGAGCGAUCGGAACCGCAACUGCCCAAUCUGCCGCCUGCAGGUGACCGAAGUGAACGACUCCUGGGUGGUGUCUGAAGCCCCGACUAAAGAAGACGUGGCCAAAUACAUCCUGAACCUGGCGGACGAGGUCGGGCAGCCCAACGACGCCUUGUUCUGACCGCCCACGCGGACUUUUCCCAGCGAUAGCCAAGGGCUCGUCCAGGCGAGUAUUGAGCGCUUCCUCUGCUCGGCCUUUCCUGCGCCAAUGACGUUCAUCUGCGGGUGAACGGAGCUCUCCUUCACACACGGCGCCGGCAAGGACACGCUUAGACAUUAGCCGCCGGAUAAAGGAAUUCCUUGCCGUCUCCGAAAGCAUCUCCAUUAAUUUCAUGCGGCGGGGCAAGCGGCCUCUGACAUGACACUACUGCUAUACUACGGUGUGUGUGUGUGU